AUGGACGUGGGCGAGACUCGAGCAACGCCAGCGGACGCCCAAGGCGUCCCGCCGCGUGGAAUGGACGUGCACACGGCUCAGCUCGUGCCCAACGCGUCGUCUUUGCAAUCUUCGUCGGUCCGACGCCUUCCGCCGGCCACUCCGGACGACCUUCUCAUGCAUCCGUUCUCAGGCCUCCGCAACGACGGCCUCUUGCCACACGAUGCGCUGCCACUCGGGGCGCCGAGCACUGGCGGCCUGGGCAUGCUCGACAUGGAGCUGAGCGAGCCGCUCCCGACCUCGUCCGCCAACUGGACUCGGCUCGCCCACGAGUCGCCGACUGCGAGCCGCGCGACCCACGCCCAACUUGCUCCUGCAAAGAGGCGGCGAGUGCCGCUGGUGACGACUCCUGCGUAUGGGCCCGAGUCGCCAGCAACCCUCGACGCACCGAUUUCUCCUCUCGACCUUGCCCGUGCUGUCGUCUACACCCGUCAGAUCAACGCGUCCAUCGUGGCCCAGUGUGCACCAGAGCCCAGGCGGCCACUGUUCAAGCGCAACACGGCGCCGAGCCGGAAGCGCGAUGAAAUCCAUCGCCGCAUCCAGCAGCGGCGCGAUAGCGCCAUGCGCCGCUACAUGGUUGCCGUGUAUGGAAAGCACAAUCACCCGCGUGAGCUGCGCGGGCGUCGGUCACACAUUGCCAUGGCCCGCUUCCGCUACGAGGCCCUGUUGAGUCUCGACGCGCUCGCCACAGCCUACCGAUCGGGCGUCAUCUCGGCUGCCGACUACGAUACGCUCACCACGCCACUGUAUGUCCUUGACGACGACAUGGCUCCCGACGACGACGACCCUGCCGAGCUGCUCAUGCCGUUUGCCAACGCUGCCGGCAAUCUGGUCUUUCCACUCUCCCCGGCCGAAGGCGCGGCGGCUUGCCGACUGGUGGGCAUCGAUGGCGCGCCUCUGCGUGCUGUUAUUGUGCCCAAGUAUGGCUGCGCCGACCUUGUUGCUGCUCACACUGCGGCGGCUGGCCGGAUUUUCCGCGCCGGCAAGAACACGGUGCUCGCCGCGCGACAGAGGCGGUACGAGGCGACCGACGACGAGCUCUUCCGCCACCUCGGCUACGGCUCGCGAUACAUGCCCAACAGCCGGCUAGACGACACCACGCCCCUUCAUCCGGCAAAGCGGGCCAAGACAUCCAACUCACAGCCGUUUGCCGGACAGUUUGUCGAGUCGUCCGACGGGAACCAGCUGCGCCGCCUCGUACGCGUCGCGCCUGUCCGCCUCCCGUGGUUCUAUGCCAUCGCGCCCGAGUGCCGUACCUCAGACUACGCCGACGACGAGCCGUUGGUCAUCCGCAUCAUUGCUCGCCGGCACCCCAUCGUCGCCACCGAAGACGACUGGGACCGCUUCUCCGUCCCAAUCUACUCGUACUCGGGCAUGAAACGCCACCACGGUGGGCAGUGGAGCGGCAAGUCGUCGGCGAGCAAGUCUCAGUCCAAGUCCGGAGAGGGCAGGACGCCGCGCUCGUCGCGGGCAACACGCAAGGCCGCCAAGCGCCACCAAUCGACCCGCGAACGCCAGCACGCCCGCAUUGUCCGCAGGCCGGUCAAAUACCCACGCCUCGACUUAGCUGGCUGUUUAAUGCCGGAUGGAACCAAGGUCAACGCGACCAUCAACAAGCCGCGCGGCCCGCACCCCACCCUCCCGGGUGCCUUCUACUGGCAGGUCCAGCAAGGCCGCAUCUCGCUCUUCAACGGAUGGAUGACCAAGGAGGAGGUUAUGGAUCGCAUCCUCAAGCUAUGCGCCGGCGAGCUCGAGCCGCCGCCGCCGCCAAAGUCGCGUCCACGCGAGCCGAAAAGAGUCAAGCAGCAGCGGCUGCGCGCUGAAAAGGCCCGCAAGCGCGCAGAGGCUCUCGUCCGCUCCCAGGGCACCGCCGUCGCCGCCCCGCGCUUCGCCAUCGGCGAUCUGGCCGAUUAGCCGAGCCCGUCUGCUCUGUUGUAAACGCGCUGCUCAUGCCUC